AGCCUCGUUGGCGCCUCUUCCUCGGGCUGUGGCGGGAAAAGGACAGGUCGGGAAAUGGCGGCGGCGAAGAGCGGCGGCGGCGGCGACUACGCGGAGGAGCGAGCGAAGGCGGCCGCGUUCUUGGAGGGUUUCCACCGCCCGAGCGGGACUGCGGCGGCGGCACCGGCGAAGGAGUUCCCUUACCGGGAGCAGCUGGCGUCCGUGGCCCGGCGGGAGCAAGUGGCCAUUUACGUGGACCUGGACGACGUGGCCGAGGAGGACCCGGAGCUGGUGGACGCCGUCUGCGAGAACACGAAGCGCUACGAGCGCGUCUUCGCGGACGCCGUCUGGGAGCUGCUGCCCCGCUUCCGCCCCCGGGAGCAGGCGGCGCACAGGGACGCGCUGGACGUCUACGUCGAGCACCGCUUGCUCAUGGAAGGACGGGGCCGGGAGCCCGGCCAGCCCCACGACCCCCAGAACCAGUUCCCCCCGGAGCUGCUGCGCCGAUUUGAACUGUACUUCAAAGCACCAUCAAGCACUAAGGCCCGGGUGAUCCGGGAGGUGAAGGCAGAUGCCAUUGGGAAGCUGGUGACUGUCAGGGGCAUCGUCACUCGCGUCUCUGAAGUGAAGCCCCGCAUGGUUGUGGCCACCUACAACUGUGACCAAUGUGGUGCAGAGACCUACCAGCCGAUCCAGGCACCUAGUUUCAUGCCUCUACUGAUGUGCCCAAGCCGGGAGUGUCAGACCAACCGAGCUGGUGGCCGCCUCUGUCUGCAGAGCCGUGGUUCAAAGUUUAUAAAGUACCAGGAACUCAAGAUACAGGAACAUAGUGACCAGGUGCCGGUGGGGAACUUGCCACGCUCCAUCAGUGUCAGCGUGCAAGGAGAGAACACCCGCCUUGUGCAGCCGGGUGACCACGUCAGCGUGACUGGCGUCUUCCUUCCAGUCCGGCAGAUGGGCUUCCGCCAGCUCCUACAGGGCCUUCUUUCGGACACCUACCUGGAGGCCCAUCACAUCGUGUGCGUGAGCAAGAGUGAACAGGAGGAGCUGGGAGAAGGGGACCUCACCGAGGAGGAAGUGCAGCAGAUCAUGGAAGAAGACUUCUAUGACAAGCUGGCUGCAUCCAUCGCACCAGAGAUCUAUGGUCAUGAGGACGUGAAGAAGGCGCUGCUGCUGCUGCUGGUGGGGGGCGUGGACCAGAACCCCCGGGGCAUGAAGAUCCGUGGGAAUAUCAACAUUUGCCUCAUGGGGGACCCUGGUGUGGCCAAGUCUCAGCUGCUUUCAUACAUCACCCGCCUGGCGCCACGCAGCCAGUACACCACGGGCCGUGGCUCCUCGGGCGUGGGGCUGACGGCGGCUGUGCUGCGUGACCCGUUGACCGGGGAGCUGACCUUGGAAGGAGGGGCACUGGUGCUGGCCGACCAGGGCGUCUGCUGCAUCGACGAGUUUGACAAGAUGCUGGAGUCCGACCGCACGGCCAUCCACGAAGUGAUGGAGCAGCAGACGCUCUCCAUCGCGAAGGCAGGCAUCCUGACCACGCUGAACGCCCGCUGCGCCAUCCUGGCCGCGGCCAACCCCGCCUACGGGCGCUACAACCCCAAGCGCAGCUUGGAGCAGAACAUCCAGCUGCCUGCCGCCCUUCUCUCCCGCUUCGACCUGCUCUGGCUGAUCCAGGACCGACCCGACCGUGACAAUGACCUCCGUCUUGCCCAGCACAUCACUUACGUGCACCAGCACAGCCGGCAGCCGCCCUGCCAGUUCCAGCAGCUCGACAUGGGCCUCAUGAGGCGGUACAUAGCUCUGUGCAAGCGGAAGCAGCCAGCAGUCCCAGAGGCGCUCGCGGAUUACAUCACGGCAGCCUAUGUGGAGAUGCGGAAGGAGGCCUUGGCCAGCAAGGACACCACCUACACCUCGGCCCGCACCCUGCUGGGCAUCCUCCGCCUGGCCACCGCACUGGCACGGCUGAGGCGUGUAGACUUGGUCGAGAAGGAAGAUGUGAACGAGGCAAUGCGUCUUAUGGAGAUGUCUAAAGACUCGCUUUUGGCAGACAAGGGGCAGCCAAGCCGGGUCCAGCGUCCCUCUGAGCUGAUCUUUGCAGCCAUCCGGGAACUGGCUCCAGCUGGAGGGACUCGCUCUAUACAGCUCGCCGAGGCUGAGCAACGCUGCAUUUCAAAGGGUUUUACUCCAACCCAGUUUCAGGCUGCUCUCAGUGAAUAUGAGGAGCUCAAUGUCUGGCAGGUGAACCAGAGAAAGACCCGUCUCACUUUCGUCUGAUCUUUCAUGGACUGCGUGAGGCAACUGCGUUCUAAUGUUACUGGGACCUGGUAGCAGCAGCUGGUCUCCACAGGGACUGCCUCCUGCUCGCUUCUCUUUUUAAACUUGAUUUGUUUUCCGCAAAUAAAGUUGCUUGUAUCUUUUAA